GGAGGGGAGAGGAGGGAAGGAUGGCACAAAUCCUUGAUCAGGAAAAAGGGCUCCCGCUGCUGUGGCCCAGCUGUGUAGCACAGGUUGGAUUCCUCCUCUGAUCAGCUCUGCUCCCAGUGACAUCUUGUUGUGUCAAGUCUGAUUAAUCUAAUCUUCGAGAGGCUUUGACAAAAAAAAAAGGAGCUCUGUUAAGGAGAUGGCCAUCCACAGCAUGAAAGCUGCCUUUGUAUGUAGCCCCGGGCAGUAUGCAAGCCAGUUGUUAGGUAUAUUCAAAAAAUGAAUUCUUUACAUGCCAGGGUCAGCCAUCAAGGGGGAACUGCUUUGCUCGUCCCCUUGAACCUCUUGCUGCUGUUUUCUGACUCUUCUUACGCGAUGAGUAAAUGGGAGUGCAAGGAGCUGCAUAACAUCACUCUCUGCAAGACCGAAGACCGGAGACAUCUCUCUGCAAAAAGUGCCCUGGACUUUUUGAACCUGGCAGAAUAAGACAGCUCCAUAUAGGGCUGGUGUUCUGACUUUCUCCUUCGUCCACAUGCAACAAAACCCUGGAGGGAAAUUCAAAGUGUUGCAGGGGAAGAAGUGAACUACUAAAAUUAUGGGUGCGGCUCAAGGGAAAAAGAAAGAAUACUCUCCUCAGUCCAAUGGUCACCAGAAAAAUAGAAAACAUCUUACCAGUCACAAAGCAUCUAUGUAUUCAGACAUGCAAUCAGAGCGGCCUGACAUUGGGAGUAUCAUGACUCAUCCUGAUUAUCUUGAUGGAAAUCCUGAUCUUAUCAAACCUAAAAAACUGCUCAAUCCUGUAAGAGCCUCGAAAAGCCACCAAGAACUUCACCGGGAACUACUUAUGAAUCACAGAAGAGGAUUGGGAGUUGAGAGUAAACCAGAACUGCAAAGAGUCCUGGAACAUCGUAGAAGAAACCAGCUGUUGAGACAGAGGAAAGAAGAAGAAGAGGCAAAGAAAUUAAAAUCUCCAUUUGAACAGGAGCUGUUGAAAAGGCAACAGAAGCUUGAUCAGUUGGAAAGGGAAGAUGAGAAGCAAGAAGAGAAUGCACCAGAAUUUAUUAAAGUCAAAGAAAAUCUGAGGAGAACAUCUACUUCGCUAACAGGGGCAGAGUAAAGCAUCAGCUAAGACCAAAAGAUUGUUUGCUUUGAAUACUUAUAUGCUGACAUUUUGGUAAAUGGUGGAUAUUCAAAGUUUUGUCUUGGGGGCUACUCACUGUACAUUAAUGCUUGCUCCAGUUUAAAAAAAAUAAUUGGGGUAUUUUCACAUCUGGGAAAAGAAGAACAUCCAAACAAUGUGGCUUUUUGUUCACAGAGGUUCUCAGAUGAGAAAAAGGAUAGGGAAGGUAACAGAGACCUCACCUUCCUUUCAAGUAUUGAGAUAAUGCGGUGCCCUUUCCCAUCACUAACCCUUAGCUAAUCCUUUGAGAUUCAGCAGGACAGGCGCACGUGUGGAGUGGGAGAUGUUGUCUGAAGACAGAUGGCUAAACCUUUGGGAUUCAGAUGUUCAUAUAGCAGAGCAGUUCCAUUGCUGGUACUGAAAUCUUCAGUUUAGCUAAAUUACUGCGUGAGGGAGCAAGUUGGGAAACUAAAAAAGAUGGUAAAAAAAGAGAAGUCACGAUCAAUAAGGAAAAUACUAGCUAAGAUUUAGAGCACAUCGACCAAUGCUGGUUGGCAUCUUAGAUGCUGUAUGUAUCCAAUCAAACAAUAUCCAGUAAAUAUGUGUGUGUUUCUUCAUUAUUGGGAUUUAGCAGACAUGAAAUUACGUUUUAGGAUUCUUGUCACAAAUCUACAUCCAUGAUAGUUACAUAGUCAAGUUUACUAUGACAAAUAGACACUGAGUUAUUUCCAAAGAGUGGGAUUGUCCACCAGUGUUUCAGCAUAUAAUUCUGGUGUCCAGAAUGAGAAACAGAAAUAAGAUAAGAUACUUUAUGGAAAGGAUCCUUAAGAGCUGCAGAAAAAGUAGGAAAAGGUGCAGUCCUCUGAAUGUGUAUUACAAAAAAAAAGUAUGAGAGCAACACAGAAAGCAUGCAAUCUCUGUGUAUGUCUCAAAAAGCAAAUGACAAAUCCACAAAAAAGGAUUUGUGAGAGAAACAGCAAAGAAUUUUAGGGAGAAAGUCAAAGAACGAUACCAGAUGUAGGAUCUUCUGAAUUUUGCACAAAUACAACACAUUAAACUAAGAUUCUUUUAAAAUAUAUAUAUAAUAAAAUUGAAGAUUAUUUAUAAUUAUAGCUACAUGAUGUCUACUCCUCCCAGGAACUCUUUCCUGAUUCUAAAAUUCUGAUUAUGCUUACUAUACAGAUAUUUACUAUAAUACAGACUGUUUUAGAUGGCUUUUAAAAUAUAUGACAGCAGCAAGGCAAAAAGGUGAAUUGCCAACCCCUCCUCAGCUCUGUUUUCUGGAGGUGGAGCCAGGAGUAGCCGACAUGUCUAUCCAAGGGAGGACCAUUCAUUUUUGGUUUUUCAGAAGGAUAGCUGUGUUUUUUACACCAAAAACUAAAGACUUCUUAAAAUUCUUUGUUAUUCAUUUAUUAUUCAUUUAGUCUUGGACUGAAGAUAAGCAUAACCAAAAGCCACAAUAGUUUUUUUUUCUUAGUUUCACAAUUUAUAUUACAGAAUUAUGGUCAGCUUUUCUGGUAGGGUGGACCCUCUGAGAUGCAGAUGACCACCAGGAAAGGACCAGCCAAAAUAAUACAUAACACGUAUUAUCUAUAUGUAUCAUCUAGAACUCAUAUAUGACUUGACUGUAACCACAGAUUUGGGGGUGGGGGGGAAGCUUAUUAAUAAAAAGCAGUUGUAUAUUUUGUGGAGUCUAUAUUCUGUGAAUUAAAGCAGGCAACAACCAAAUAAACUUAAUUUCACUGUUUAAAAUUAAAAA